UGAACAGCUAUCUCCCUACUGACGCUCAGGCUAUGCCGUCGACCGUAAAGAAACUAGAAUAUCUCACUCAGGAGCAGGUUGAGAAGUUCCGUCGGGACGGUUACCUUCGGCUGCCCAGCUUUUUAAGCCCGGAAGAUACAGAAGCGUUGCUGGAACGUUCCAAGCAGCUGCUUGAAAGUUUCACUAUCGAAGACCAUCCGUUGACUAGGUUCACAACUGGGGACGACAACCACGUCGGAGAUGACUACUUCCUCACUUCAGGAGACAAGAUCCGCUAUUUCCUCGAGGAAGAUGCAGUUGGGCCGGACGGCAAGCUGAACAGGCCUAAGGAUAGGGCAGUCAACAAGAUCGGGCAUGGACUGCAUGAACAAGAUCCAGUGUUCCGCAAGGUCACUCUGGAGAAUGAGGCGAUGGAAUCGGUCGUGCGCGAUCUGCAGUUUCAUCACGACCCUGUUGCGCUGCAGUCCAUGGUGAUUUGCAAGCAACCUCAGAUCGGUGGGGAAGUGCCUGAGCACAAUGAUUCGUACGUGUUUUCUCUCAUGCAUAUCGAGCCAGUUUGGUUGAGCACGAUCUAUGCCUAUCUCAGGACGUUCCUUUACACCGAUCCUCCGACAGCGCUCGGGGUCUGGAUAGCGCUGGAGAAGUGCACGUCAGAGAACGGUGCCCUCUCCUUCCUCCCGGGCUCCCACCUCACCGCUCCGAUCACGAAACGCUUCGUUCGCCUUCCACAGGGCGGCACUGGCUUCGAGAUCCUGAUACCUCCUGACAGGGCACCGAAGGUUCCAGAAGGAAAGUAUCUGCUAGAAGCCUGCAUGCCCGGCGAUAUGGUCCUCAUCCACGGAAGCGUGCUGCACAAGUCGGAGAAGAAUCUCAGCCCCAAUACGCGCUUUGCAUACGCGUUCCACAUGAUUGAGUCCCCGCCGUACGCGACAUAUGAUGACAAGAACUGGCUGCAGCCCACUGCUGAGACGCCGUUCCCUCAUAUUCUGGACGAGCCCAACCCUAGGACAGUUCCUGUUAGUGCGUGA